AAUGCAGCCACACCGAUUGUGAAGGUAAUCGAUUCACUUGUACAAUCGACAUCCCACACAGCUAAUAAAUAAGCUAUUCGAAUUUUCUCUAAAAAUCAAUGAAAUCAGUGUGAAAUUAAUUGCGUACUGCUCAGACACACACACAAACAAGCACAAUCAGGCAUCAGCAGUCAAAAUAGAUACAAUAUAGUCGCCACCAGCAGCAGCAGCAAGUGCACCUCCUACACAGUCGAACACACAUUGGAGACAUGGCGCAAAUAGUGGAAAAUCAAUUGUUUGCUGCGGCACAAGCGAUUGAGCAGCAGUUGGAUCAGGAGAUCGAUCGUCUGGACAGCUUUGACUCGGAUGAUUUGAAAGCCCUGCGAGAGAAGCGCAUACAGGAAAUGAAAAAGCUAAACAAUAAAAAGCAGGAGUGGUUAAGAAACGGUCAUGGCACCUAUUCUGAGCUAGCCGAUGAGAAGGAGUUCUUCGAGGUUUCCAAGAAGUCGCCAAAUAUUGUGUGUCACUUUUAUAGAGAUAGCUCUGAACGCAGUCGCAUUGUCGACAUGCAUCUGAAAAUACUCGCUGCCAAGCAUAUAGAGGCCAAAUUCUGCAAGGUGAACGCCGAGAAGACUCCAUUCUUGACACAACGUCUACGCAUCAAAGUGCUGCCAACAAUAGCUUUGGUUAAGGAUAGUAAAACCAAGGACUUCAUCGUAGGUUUCACCGAUUUGGGUAACUGCGAUGACUUUUCCACAGAGAUGCUUGAAUGGCGCAUCGCCCACUCAGGCGCCAUUGAGUACAAAGGUGACUUAAUGCAACCACCAGAUGUUAAGCGCAAACCGUUCAUAAAUCGCGCACAGAAGACAAUACGCGGCGGCUAUGACUCCGAUGAUUCCGAUAUUGAUCUUGAUGACUAACGUGGCGCCCACAACAAACGACAGAAUAUUAUCAAACACAGCUGCUUGGUACUUGGUUGCGCCGGGACAAAAACAAUCAAAAACCUAAAAAAAAAAAAAAAAAACAAAACAACAAAAAACAAAACAAAAACAAAUCAAAACCUAGCCACAUGAAUGUAGGAAUCCAAUUAGGCAUACUUUAUCGUUAUUUAUUAAAUUGUAUAAUUCCAAUCGAGCUACCGCUACUAACCCUAACAAUCCUCACCCAAACCCAUUGGCAUAUAGAUGGGCUCACUAAGAGCUUAUGUGGUUGCCUUUCCUCCAUUUAUAUUUAAACACACACUAGUGCCCAGCUAAAAGCCAGCCCUCCCUCUAUGUUAUACGUUCUAUAAAGGCCUUGAGGCCUUUGGCACAAUAUGAAUAGUAGUACUUCGCAUGGCAGUCGUCGCAAAUGAAUGUGUGCAUAUAAAAAGACAUAACUGGCCUACAUACAUACAUAUAUAAACAUAUAUAUAUAUUUUUAAAAAUAUUUGACAUUUGGCAGUGAUGCAUUUCCUAUUGUAGAAAUAACUAACUCACAUGUACAAGUUUUUUACAUUUAUUUUUGUAAUUCUACGAAUACGUCAACAUGAAAUCGUCUUCACAUUAAAUGGCAAGUACGGAAAAGAAA